AGCAUCUCACACCAUACAUUGCCAAGAGCAAUACCCGAUUCAGGAAAGCAAUUUCAGUCGGCGAAAGACUCGCCGUAACUUUAUGGUAUCUGGCUACAGGAGAUAGCAUUUCAAGUUUAAUGACGGUUUUUCUUAUUGGUAAAACUACAAUAUGCCACAUAGUACAUGAAACAUGUGCUGCUAUUUUUACAGCAUUGAAAGAUCAGUUUUUAAAGGUCCCAAAUACCCCUGGACAAUGGGCAGAAGUAGGAGAUCAAUUUGCAAAGCGUUGGAACUUUCCAAACUGUUGUGGUGCUUUGGACGGUAAGCACAUAAUGAUACAGGCACCUGCUAACUGUGGCUCCGAAUACUAUAAUUAUAAAAAAUUCAAUAGUAUUGUUUUAAUGGCUUUGGUGGACGCAGAAUAUAAGUUUCUUUUUGUAGAAGUUGGAGCAUACGGCCGCGAAUCUGAUGGAGGUGUUUUCGCAAGAUGCACGCUUUCAACUGCUCUUGCUGACAACACUAUUAAUUUUCCACCCCGCAGACCACUACCGAAUGAGGCAGAUCCAAUGCCAUUUGUCAUUAUUGCAGACGAUACCUUUCCGCUGAAAUCAUACAUUUUGAAAACAUUCUCUUAUCGUGAACAAGUAAUGUCGCAUAAAAUAUUCAACUACAGAUUAUCACGAGCAAGAAACGUGGUUGAAAAUGUGUUUGGCAUAUGCGCGGCACGGUUCAGGAUCCUUAGAAGGCCAAUGGAUGUUAAACCUGAGAACGCAAAGACCAUCGUUCUAGCAAUUUGUGUUAUACAUAACUUUUUAAUAUCAACAAACUCAUCCUAUUUAACUAGAACCGACACUGACAAUGAAAUAAACGGAGAAUUAGUGGCGGGUAAUUGGCGAUUAGAACUUGGACCAAACGGAAAGCUAAUUUCACUUCGUGCAAGUACCACUCUGGAUAGGCCAGCAGAUGAUGCAAUAAAUGUUCGAGCUGCUUUUAUGGAGUAUUUUAUGACACCGUAUGGAGAAGUCCCAUGGCAAUAUAAUAGAACGAUUAUUCACAACUCAUUUUAAAAAACCAGGUAGAAUCGCAAAAUGUGGACGAAUUGGUGCAAGUUGAGGAGCAGACAAAUAGAGAGGACUUAUCUAACACUUCCUUUUCAUCUAUUAGCGAGUUGGCUCCUCCUCGGAAAAACAAAAAAAAUUGUGCAGUGGGUAAACAAAACCAGCUAAUUGAAAAGGCAUGUGCAGACAAUAGCACCCCAAAGUUCUACAAACAUAAACGCAACGGCAUUAUACUGGAGUGAAAAAUUAGAGCAUCUAAAUCCAACGCAGCGUAUGCUAGCUGAAAAAUGAAUUAGUGAUAUUUUAUUUGAAGCAGAACUGGGUAACUUGAGACGUAACUCUGUUAAAAUAAUUGUAUAUCCAGACGCUUGCAACACGGAUGUGUCAUCAGCUCCGACACCACAACCCACAAUGUAUAAUCAAUUACCACCAUUACCACGUUUCUCUGAAUCAUCACCGCAACCAGAUAUUAAAGCUAUUCGAGUCCAAAGACCGCCACCUAUUUAUGUACCACCGCCAACACCUUCACCAGACUCCAAUUUUGGAAUGCCUCUGCAGAGUGAAUAUAUAACACCUAACUACCCACAUACUCCGUCUCCUAUUCUAUCUUCGCAAUCUAGUUUUUCCUCGCAAUUGCCUCCAAGUGGCCAAGCAAUGCUAAUAUACAAUACUGAAGUAGGUGCCACUGAAGAAAUAAAAAGCACAGAGGAAUACUCACUAAGAUCUCUUUCAUCAUUCCCUGGCAACUAAAAUUAUUACAUAAAUCAUAUGUAUUUAUUUGCACAGAUUUCUGAAUAAAUUAUAACAAAAUACCAUA